CAGGAGAGGGCAACGGAGUAUGAUAUUAUGUUGCGUGUAAACUUGCGGUCAUCUCUGUAAUCACACUUCAAUGUUGAAACCGAUUUUCUUCACUGUCGAGAAGCCAACGGUGCGCCUACUUGGCCCCCGUUGUUCUUUUUAGCUCGGAGCCAGUGCUAGUUCGUACUCUCGGGUUUAUUUUCUUUAUGUUGAAGCUACUAUGAAUGGAGGAUAAAUGUUGCCGAAGGCUGACAGCAGCAGUUUCGUCCUUCUCCUCUCUCUUCUCUUCGUUCUGACUGUAACAGAUCCACCACGGACAGGCCCCCGGCUUGCUCUGGCCAGGCUGCUGUCCGAGCUGAGGUGUAGCCCUGGACAGUUUGCCUGCCGCAGUGGGAAGAUGCAGUGCAUUCCCAUGUCCUGGCGCUGUGACGGCUGGACCGCCUGCGAGGACAAGAGUGACGAGAUGGACUGUCCCCCUAUGAAGGAGGAGAGCUAUCGCUACGGUAACGGCUUCGAUCAGGUGGAGGACGUGAUGGGCGUGGCCCAGCCUGUGCGCUUUAACAAGAAAUGCCCCAGCGGCUGGCACCACUACGAGAGGACAGCCAGCUGUUAUAAGGUCUACCUGAGGAAGGAGAACUACUGGCAGGCAGUGGACACCUGCCACAAAGUCAACGGUUCCCUCGCCACCUUCGUCACCAACGAGGAACUGCAGUUCAUCCUCAAGAUCGAGGUGGACUUCGACGAGAAAGUGUGUGAGAGGAAAGACCAGUGCAAGUUCUGGGUGGGAUAUCAGUACGUCAUCACAAAUCAGAAUCAUUCUCUCGAGGGCCGAUGGGAAGUCGCUUAUAAAGGAUCGAUGCAGGUGUUUCUCCCUCCGGAGGGGCUGACCAACUUCGGCGAGGCGAACCCCACACAGGACAACGUGUUCUGUGCUCAGCUGCAGCGUUUCCAGAUCAAGAGCAUGAACGAGCGAGGCCUCCACAGCUGGCACGCGGAGAACUGCUACAAGAAAUUCCCCUUCCUGUGCAAGAGGAGACAGACCUGUGUGGACAUUAAGGACAUUGUGGUGAACGAGGGGUACUACUUCACUCCGAAGGGCGACGACCCCUGUCUGAGCUGCACCUGUCACGACGGAGAGCCAGAGAUGUGUGUGGCCGCCCUGUGCGAGCGUCCGCAGGGGUGCCAGCAUUUCCGCAAGGACCCCAAAGAGUGCUGCAAAUUCACCUGUUUGGACCCCGAUGGAAACAGCCUGUUUGACUCCAUGGCCAGUGGGAUGCGUCUGAUCGUCAGCUGCAUCUCCUCCUUCCUCAUCCUCUCCCUGCUCCUCUUCAUGGUCCACCGUCUCCGGCAGCGCAGACGCGAACGCAUCGAAACACUCAUCGGAGGAAACCUGCAUCAUUUUAACCUGGGCCGACGGGUCCCGGGCUUUGACUACGGUCCCGACGCCUUCGGUACGGGUCUGACGCCCCUGCACCUGUCCGACGACGGCGAGGGUGGAGCCUUUCACUUCCAGGAGCCCCCGCCUCCGUACGCAGCCUACAAAUACCCAGACAUCCACCAUCCCGAUGACCCUCCACCUCCGUACGAAGCCUCCAUCAACCCCGACAGCAUCCUCUACGUUGACCUGGGACGGACUGGGAUUCCCCUGACGGCCGGGCAGAUGAGCGUGGAGGUCGACUCCCCCCAGCGGGACACCCCGGGGCAGGCGCCAGGCCCCGAGCAGGCCCUGGAGGAGCGGGAGGACUCCAUAGACAGCAGCACCCUGCUCGUGGCCCCCGACACCCCCACCGAAACGGAGCCGGCCGUGACGGAGACCACGACCGUGGACUGCACCAGUACCUCCUCCCUCAGCACGGUGGUCUAGCUCUGAGGACGAGCGAGAGGAAGAGAGAGAAAGAGACAGACGGACAGACAGACAGGACUGCUAGCUCUGGCGUCCAGGCCCUUGUUUUGUCCCCACAGGUUAGAAGAAGAAGAAGAGUGAGAGAGAGAGAGAGAGUGGAGUGAGAGAGUGGAGUGAGAGAGUGGAGUGAGAGAGA